CUCUCCUAUUUAUUAUCUAAAUAAAAAAAUUUAAGAGAAAUCAAAUUUCUUUUCCUUUUUCCCCUCUCCAUUCCUCUCAAUCCAAACAAAGGAUUAAUAUGGAACCCUGACGAGUCUCCAUCUAUAUUUCGUUUCAACAAAGUAAGAGUUGAAGCGUUUUAAUCAUCGCCAAAACUCAAGAAAUGGCGACCAGAUUUGCACUGAGCCGACUUUGUAUUACUCGUUCGAUGGAUUCAACUCGGGGGGCAACUCGCUACUUCAGCGAUGGCAAGGGCCGUGUCCUGAGCGAAGAGGAACGCGCUGCUGAGAAUGUCUAUAUCCAGGAGAGGGAGAGGCUGGAGAAGCUGAAACAGAAGGCUGAGAAAGAAAAGGCAGAGAAAGAGAAAGAAAGUGCUGAAAAGAAAACUGAAGGGAGCCAUAAGGAUUGAAUUCAUCAUUUGCACUUAUGGGGACAAUCUUGCUGUAGAACAAUCAUCAAAAGUAAAGAUGUGAAUUUAACUCGUGAUGAUGAUCUUCCUAAUGUCUCCUGAACUGUUGUAAACUUGUAGCCGUAACCGUGUUGUUGAAUUUGGCUGUUCAUGUUUUGAAAACUUAAAAUGUUUGUUUGCCUUAAUCUUGAUCUGAACUUUUUACCA